AUGACAUGGGCUUGGGAAAGAACAUUCAGACUUAUUUCCCUCAUUGUCGCCGAUCGAGAACUCGGUCGCGGUGCCAAAGAUGCAACCGGGGCUACGCUCAUACUUGCGCCUGUUUCUGUAAUGAGCAACUGGAGUACACAGAUGGAGCAUCACAUCAAGCCGGAACACGCCCUCCUCAUCAGCACGUACGAGUCAAUAUCUUCUGAUUGGUUUUCGCAAAAGUCGACUUCCCUUCCGCGCAAGUCAGGCCCCUUCUCUAUCAAGUGGCUGCGCGUAAUCUUGGACGAGGGACAUAAUAUACGCAAUCCCAAAGCCAAGAAGACGGUUGCCAUUUCCAAUCUCAUGGCUCAGUCACGAUGGUCUCUUACCGGCACACCGAUUAUCAACAACCUCAAGGAUCUCUACAGUCAAGUCCGCUUCUUGCGUCUCUCAGGUGGCAUCGAAAACUUCGACGUCUUCCACAGCGCACCAUCAUGCGUCCCGAAAAGGUACAACGUCCUCGAGGCCGAAGCCAAAGGCCAACUCGACAAGUACAGGAAGAGCAUCGGCAAAAAGGAUGCAGCAACUACAUACCGUCACCUCCUCGAAAUCCUACUUCGCUCAAGCCAAGUAUGCAACCGCUGGCAGCUCCUCGACGAAAACGGCACGGUAGAUCUAACCGACGAAACCAAGCUCGCGCUGCAAAAACUCCUCCAACUCUCCAUAGACUCGCAAGAAGACUGUCCCAUCUGCCUCGACAUAUCCCACUGCAAAAAAACAAUCAUCUUCUCCCAAUGGCCCCCGUUCCUCUCCCUCUUCUCCCCACAUCUAACCGCGCACUCGUACUCCUACACCCGCAUCGAUGGCUCCAUGCCGCCUUCCGCGCGGGACACCGCCUUACACACCUUCACCUCCUCCCCCAUCACCACAAUCCUGCUAGCCUCCCUCUCCGUCUGCAGCGUUGGUCUCAAUCUCGUCGCUGCCAACCAAGUUAUCCUCUCGGACUCGUGGUGGGCUCCCGCGAUUGAGGAUCAGGCGGUCGAUAGGGUGCAUUGGUUGAGGCAGACGCGGGAAACGAGGGUUUGGAGGAGGGUGGUUGAGGGGAGUGUGGAGGAGAGGGUGUUGGGGAUUCAGGAGGAGAAGGGGAGGGUGGUUGGGGUGGCGUUUGGGGAGAAGGAGGGGGGGUUGGAGGAUUUAGUGAGGUUGUUGGGGACGCAGGAGACGCAGGCGUAA